CGGCACGUAGUUACUUAAUAUGUUGCCGUAAAAAUGUUCUUUAGCAGCUCGCACUUCUUAGCAUUUUCAUCUAUCGACUUCUGAUUCCUAGGAGAAAAAAUGGUCUUCCUAUGGAACAGACGAGGAGACCAAGGUUCUAAGGAACCGCCCCUUCCGAGGGCUCAAGGACGACUGUCUCUGGAUUCAGGCGUCGCACCGACACUCUCAACAAAUGGUUAAGGCUAAAUAGAGGGAGAUGGCGCAUUUUCACCAGUGGCAUCUUGGAUGAGUCUGCUGAAUGAAGGCAUUACCCUGGAGAUGGGUGAUAGUGCUGCGUUAGUGUUGCUCCGAUUUCUUUGUACGAUAAUACAGGAGCAGGACGUGACACAGGAAUAUCUCCAAGAUAGAUACUUUCGCUUAUACUUUUAGAGAUGGAUGAUCUGUCAUAACAUCAUGCUCCAUCAUCAUGGAUGUUUCUAUCUGCUCCACGAUGUUCACCACAAUCUCGACGAUCUUUUCUGGUGCAUCGUAAUUAUUAUGUCUUGAACUCAUACCUCAUGCUAGGUAAAUGAAUUUGCCUGAAUGAAUGAAUGAAUGAAUGAGUGAGUGUAUGUAUGUAUGUAUGUAUGUAGACGUAGAGACGAGCCUCCUCCUCUAAAGUGUAGCGCAAUUUCUGCACAAUUUUCGCAUGUCUAUCGGCAACGCUGGAGGAGGCGUCGCCGCUGGAGGAGCAGGAGGCGUCGCACUUCCUGAACUGGGAAAGCUACACCUUCCAAAUGUGACUGAUAAGAGUGAUAUGGUAUUGAUCUAAGGCUUUUUACUUUGAAUAAUACAUGCUUUCCUUUUUCUGCUUUUUUUUUUAGGUUGGCCUCACAAUUAAUGAUACAAAUACGGUAAUAAAAGAUAGGAUAUACUGCAUAGUAGGAUACAAAUAGAAAUACGGUACUAACUACACUCAGGUAUCAAAAACGACAAGUGUACCUAGCACAGCAGCAACCGAGAGGAUGGAGACGCCUCUUUUGCACCUUAGAAAGCAAUUUGCACAGCCGAUAUCAUUCAAUUAAGGUUUGUGCAUGACAUAUACAGAAACUAUGUGGUCUUUCGUGGCAAUUUAAAGGGUUUGAAAUGGGUCCGCCAACUCUCGGUGUUCUGAGAGCUCAAAAUAUGGAGCUCUUCAAUUUCGCCAUGUGGUGCUGCUUGGGCGCAAACUAAAGGGUUUGAAAUGGGUCCCCCAACCCUUGGUCCUGCCAGAGCUGUCAAACUCCCCAACUUAAAGGGUUUGAAGGUUGUGGCAGCCACCCAACACUGCAGCCUAAGGGGUUUCAAGGUGGUGGUGCCCACCAAGCACCGGGACUUAAAGGAUUUGAAGGUGGGCUGCAACCGGGCUCCGCGGAUGCUCUAACGCCCUUUGCUUUCUCUGUUGUAAGUACUUCUUUCUGCGUACAACUACUUGUAUCACAGAUUACAGUCGUGCCUGGACAAGGCUAGCACCACUAAUUCUUCUUCUACUCUAACCUACUUACUAAUCUUGUUUUUCUUCCCCCACUACUCUCUAAUCCAAGCAGAGAGACCGUGCAUUUCAAGUGCCCUUUCGGUCAGAAGCAGUGCAGGUAGAUCGGAAUUUCCUUUCGACUCAGCGAGAAUUCGGCUUCCAAAAUAAGGCCACAGGAAUCGGCGGCGUCCACCCAUUGGCACCAAAUGGUAAUCGAAUUUCUGCUGUUGCUAGCAUAGGUUGAGUUAGGACUAUUGGGUACUAACUUAGUACUUCUGCAAUGGAGGUUCUAUCGUGCUCACAGGUUGUACCACACAAGCACAUUAUUCGUUGUUGACUAUCGAGUAAGCUUGUAGUAUGACUGUGAACUCAAGGUAAUCUUGACAAGGAAGCAGCUAUCUUCACUCUAGCAUACUUCUUGUAGAUUUAGAACUAUCAGCAUGUCUUGUAAAUUUAGAACUAUAUGAUCACCAACUCCACGACAGGAAAACGACAGUCAGUGCACACGCUAUAUGAAGGGAGUGUGAUUGCCGAAAUCCAGCAGUCAGUAAAAAAACCGGAUGGCGUCUCGAGUAACCUGUGGCUCGCAAACAACUUCGUGAAGAUAUUCAAAGAGGUAAUGGCCAAAAAAACUAGCAAAUAAGAAUCCAACAGUAACAAUUAAGGCGUUUCAUUAACUCGAUCAGGCGUUUCAUUAACUCGAUCAGGCAUUAUCCUUAUCUCUCGUCAGGCAUUUUAUUAACUCGAUCACUUUCCAUACCAGAUUAGCAUGGUGUCAUCAUUCAUGAUGAACGGGCUAUGUACUGAAAAGUCGUGCCCAGUGAUGCGCGCGGGCACCCAUAACUACCUCUGGCAGGACAACCAUGCAGACGGCACGGUCUCUAGUGGAAUACAGGUGGAUUCUCAUAAUCUAAGUUAAGCAUUUAUUCAAUAUGUAUGGUUAAGAACUUCUAAACAUUUAGAGAAUGGUUGGUUAAUUUCCAACAUGCUGUUCUCAUAAACACUCUUAUUCUUCCAUGCUGCAAGCGGUCACUGGAUUUUGAAACUAAGUCACUGCUCCAGGGAUAGACAGCGGUCAUCUGGAUCUUUCUGCUGAGUAGACGACGCCUCUCCCGACGACCUUGAAAUUUCCACCAAAAAACAACCUGAACAGCUGUCGGCACCGAAGUACAUCAAGGGAGUACUUGACACCGCACAGAGAUUCCUGAAUGACCCGCGUGUUUUCCCAGGCCAGUCUGGGAAAGAUUUCCCAGCUUGCUUCCAGGAACUUGUUGUAAGGCUGGCUCCUGUGAGCAUAGGAAGUUAGAAGUAAAUGUAACAGAGACAACUUGAACUUACUAGUCUUAAGUCUCUGUGAUGUGAUUACACGACCUUCUUGGGUCAAUUUAUAAUCAAAAUCAUGUUUCUUUUGAGAUCUAUGUAUUACGUACUACGUAAGAAAAUACCGAGGUGGUGGCCUCGUCAUUACCUAGGUAGCCCCUCUGCGAGUCCAAGGCUCCUCAUUACCUAGGUAGCCUCCUCAUUAGACCUAGGUAGCACCUCAUUGCCUAGUAGCUCCUCUCUCCAUCCUCUAAAGUCCGGUCCGGUGUUGCGACGUUUCUUUCGCUGUUAUUGCCAUUUCUACCGACACCACUUGCAGCAGAUGGAAGACCUGGGCAUUGAGAAACGAGUUCGAUUUUGUGCAGCUUUUUGCUCGCUCUUCUGUUUGGAGCACGAUAUUUUUAUGACGCACGUUGUUGAAGUUGCUUACAACUCAGGUAGAAGUUCUUGGAGUUGUACCUUGUUCGUACUAAAUAGUUUUGCUUUACAGUACUGAGAAUAGUUCUUCUUUCUCAGCCCUCAGGUAGAGGCGUUGUACUUGUCAAUAAAUAUGACUAGACUUUUUCUGCAAGCUGCCCAAGUAGAGGAGACGAACCCGCAUCAAGAAGGACCCGCAGCUAGUUGUAAAAACAACAUCUUCAAAGCCUUUCUAACCCAAGCAGCAAUGUCGAAUAUGAAACGAUCCAGCCACUCAUCGACGCCUGGGUGAAGGAGGCGGCGCCUCAACAACCGGCAACCACCUCACAAGCUUCCGACGAAUCGAAGUAGAAGAGAGGGAGAAGUCAGAGAGAAGUCAGUCGAUGGCGUCAAUGCAACAUCACCAGGAUCUUCAGGAGAUGGAGAGUGCGAUGGUGUCGAUUGUCGAUUGAGAAUUAAGGCUCAAUAUUGUAUUUCAAUUCUACAAGUCAGUAUCACAGAAAUACUGUCAGACCACGUCUCUACGGUCACCAUGAACGGCGAUAACAGGGACAAUAGCAUGCAUCUACAAGUCAGUUCUCCCUAUUUCCUUCUAAGGAGCGAGUGGGAGAAAUGUAGGCAAGAAAUGAAUUGUUUUGGGCUCUAAGAGAAGGGAGGAUGGCGUCAACGCAACAUCACGAAGAUCAGGAGAUGGAGAUGGUGUCGAUUGUCGACAGAGUAGACAAAAGGAUCAGUAGUUGUAGAUAUAUAAAGAAGAUGGUGGAAAAAUAUAGAGUACUCGAAACUUCAUCAUGAUAUGUAUCUGGUAGAGUCAUCUUUGACCAGCAUGAGUACUCGAAACUUCAUUAUAGUAGACCUAUGACCACCACGGCCACGCGUAAAAAUUCCAUAGCAGAACUUGAACUUGGAUCUAAUUCGCAUAGCAUGUGAUUGUAUUGCAAGAGAAAGUGACCACGAGAGUAUCACACACGCAUCAUUUUUGACGAAUAUCUAGAUAGGCAGUAGAAUCCCAUCAAUGCAUAGAUAUUUAUCUAACUAGUGCUGUAAUAUCGAUUGCACACGACACAAGUAAAGGCAUUUAUCGACAUCAUGAGAGAUCAUCUUCAUAGUAAGUUAUACGGUGUAUCAAAAAAUUUUGUCCCAGUAAGUAAAAGUGAAUAUCUUGUAGUAGUAGGAGGAGUCGUCUUCGUCGUCGUUCUGGUCAGCUUGAGAAAUAUAUUUUGCAUGUAUUAGUAGUUGAUAGAAGUUUCAUAUUCAUAGCGUCUUGGUUCACACUGACUACAGGUAGUCGUGAAGAGACCUAAUUGCAUAGACCAAUCCGUAGUGGGUGAUGCAUGCACAGGGUGUACAGUUAAGUAGAGCAAGUAAGAGGUUACUCUUGUUUCAUCGAUAGUCGAAUAGUAGUCGCGAUGAACAUGAAGUGAAAAAGACUCCAUUUUUGUAAAAGUUUUCAAUAAAUAUAAUUAUUUGUGGUUCUGCAUGGAGGAGUCGAGAAUAUUUUUUAGCUGGGUGCGUAUGCACAUUGAUUUUCAAGUCAUUGUCACGGACUGACAGUUUAUUCGGUCAGGUGGUCUCUUGAUGAUCGUGAAACAUUAGAAAUGGCAAGAAUUCAUCCGCUGGAAUUCUCAAAAUCCACACACCAUGUACGUCACCUCUUGUUAAGAGUAGUCGCAAGUGCAAGGACAAUGACCACGCGACGAGGUGUG